GCAUUUGGGCACAUAGGCGUCACUCUUCAGUAGGAAGUGGUCGCAGUUCAGCAACUCGCUCUCGGCCACUUUUGGUCUCUCCCUGCUUUUUUUUCUGCACGACCAGUAGAAACUGCAUCGGGUCAACGGCAUCCCGGUGCUGACGCGAAGCAUCCCCGGGGCCUCGGGCAGGACGAUUCCCGUCGGAUCCCAGCGCUUCUCAGACUCACUUCUCUACUGUCUCCGCUGGUGAGCCGGAGGGGCUGGACGCCCACCCCCUUCCGUACCAGGCCCGUAUUUUCCGCCGAAAACAAGAGCGCGAUGAACGGGGAACCGAUGAACAUCAGCGACGUCUUCGGUCUGAGUGAGGAUUACUUUGGGUCGGGUAAUAAUAGCUCGGAUUACUCACUUGAUGACAACACGUUACUGUGCUCCCUGCAGGAGGUCAGAACGUUCUCUGGGCUGUUUGUGCCGAUCGCUUACUCCCUGAUCUGCAUCUUUGGCCUCCUGGGCAAUGUUUUGGUGGUGGUCACCUUUGCUUUCUACAAGAAAGCCAAGUCUAUGACAGACGUGUACCUCUUGAACAUGGCCAUCGCCGACAUACUUUUUGUCCUCACCCUCCCGUUCUGGGCCGUCAGCCACGCCACCGGCGAGUGGAUCUUCAGCAACGCCACGUGCAAGCUGAUGAAGGGCAUCUAUGCCAUCAACUUCAACUGCGGGAUGCUGCUCCUGACCUGCGUCAGCAUGGACCGCUACAUUGCCAUCGUCCAGGCCACCAAGUCCUUCAGGCUGCGGUCCAGGACGCUGGCGCACCGCAGGGCCAUCUGCUUCGUGGUCUGGGUGGCUUCCGUCCUCAUCUCCGGCUGGACGUUCACGUUCAACCAGAAGUACGACGUGCAUGGCAGCUACGUGUGCGAGCCCCGGUACCAGGCGGUCUCGGACCCCAUCAAGUGGAAGCUGCUGAUGCUGGGGCUCCAGCUCCUCUUCGGCUUCUUCAUCCCGUUGGUGUUUAUGAUCUUUUGCUACACGUUCAUCGUCAAAACCCUGGUGCAGGCUCAGAACUCCAAGCGGCACAAGGCCAUCCGCGUGAUCAUCGCGGUGGUGCUGGUGUUCCUGGCUUGCCAGAUCCCCCACAACAUGGUGCUCCUGGUGACGGCCGCGCAGCUGGGCAGGAUGAACCGCUCCUGCCAGGGCGCCAGGCUGCUGGGCUAUAGCCAGAAUGUCACCGAGGUCCUGGCCUUCCUGCACUGCUGUCUCAACCCCGUGCUCUACGCCUUCAUCGGCCAGAAGUUUCGGAGCUACUUCCUAAAGAUCGUGAAGGACCUGUGGUGUGUGCGGAGGAAGCAGAAGGCGUCGGGCUUCUCCUGCUCCAGGCUGCACUCGGAGGCCUUCACCUCCAGGCAGAACAGCGAGACCGCGGACAACGACAACGCGUCGUCCUUCACCAUGUGACCGGCCCGGGGCCGCGGCCCCCCCCCCCCCCCCCCGGCGGCUCGGGGAACGUGCACUUGGACCGGGACCCCGUCCUCCCAUGGGACCGGCCGCGGGGGUCUCAUCCUGACGGGGCUGCCGGGGCCCCCACGUGGCGUGUCCCCACUUUUCUUCCCCGCAGCCCCGAGCCCCCCGGGGCUCCCCACGGCUGGCGUUCCCCAAAGCAGAGAGGACUCUUGGCAGACGUGGACGUUUUACGGAAGCAGGCGCGGAACCGCCCCUAGAGCCCGGUGUCUCCUGGUCACUUCACACACGUGCAGGGUUCGCGAGAUGGAAGCAGAGAACGUCACACGAGAGCCUCACACGAGGCAGCGCAGGCAGACACCGAAAUGCGUUCCCCGGGCUGGAGAAGCGGCCUGGGGGACGGGACAGAGCGGGUCGCAGCGCGCCGUCGGGAGAGCAGACGUCUGCUUUAUUUCCCUGGGAAAACGGUCACUGCAGAUACGACAAUUCUCCCCCAAAAAUCGGUUCGACAGAGUUCCACGAAGACGCAUGCCAUCGGCACACUUUCAGCACACGGAGGGGCUUAAUAAAUACUUGUUACACAAAGCGUAGUGAAAUUGGGGGUUGGAGUACAGUCGGGAGUGUUAGGUGUUUAAAUCUGAGUUUUAGAAUGGAGCAAGGAAGCUUCCUGAGACAGUAUACAGACAACUUUUGCUGCGCGUCCACAGCGGGUCAGAAGCGGCACACACACACGGGGGGAUGUGGGUAGGAAGCGCUUCACGCUGGUGGCGAACAGGGAGGGAGGGAGAGAGAGAGAG